UGCGGACUGGAAAAGAAGGGACGCAACACGCUUUGAUAAACUAUAAAGACUGGACAUUUUCUAUCACUGACAGUCAUCAGCUUGUUGUUCUCUCUGUAUCAGCCGAUCAUCACCUCAGCAAAGAUGGCAUCAGGCUUUCCGUUUGCUUUGUUGCUCUGUUUGUCCAUCGGACUGUCGGCUGCAUCUUGUUAUGGACAAACCUCCUGCCCAGAUUGUGUUGAAGGUUCCUGCCCUCCUGGUUGGACUCAGUUCGGCUCUCGCUGUUUCAGCUUCAACUUCAAGGGAAAGAGUUGGACCGAUGCAGAGAGCUUCUGCAAGUCUAAAGGUGGGAAUCUGGCUUCAGUCCACUCAGAAGAGGAACAUGUAUUCCUCAGAGAUUUCGUUAACCAAGUGACCGGUGAAAACAAACAGACCUGGAUGGGAGGUUUUGACUCAGUGAAGGAGGGUGAGUGGAUGUGGUCUGAUGGAUCCACAUUCGACUACAAACACUGGGGACCGGGGCAGCCUGACAACCACCGUGUGGCAGAGCACUGUCUUCAGAUGAACCAUCACGGCAAAUGGAACGACAAUUUGUGUCCCAAAAUACUUCCUUUCUUGUGCUCCAAGAACCUGUGAGGCCUCCCUCCAUCAUGAUCUCACUACAGCUCAUCU